AUGGCGACGGUAUCUCCGCACCACUUCGUGGCUACGUCUGGCGAGACCGCGCCAGUCUGGGCCCACACCGAGCCGUACUCCAAUAGGCCCAAGUUCCCGCAGCUUUCUCAGAACACAUCCGCCGACGUGUGCAUCAUCGGCAGCGGCAUCUCCGGGGUGCAAUCUGCCUACGAACUUAUCAAGCGUGGACGUAGCGUGGUGAUGCUUGAAGCUCGCGAUGCUAUCUCCGGCGAGACUGACCGCACGAGCGGACAUCUGGCAUCGGCGCUUGACGACCACUAUCUCGAGAUCGAGAAGAAGCACGGCGAAGAGGGGGCCAAGCUCGCCGCCGACAGCCACAAAUGGGCCAGCAAGCACGUUGGUGAAGUAGCACGCGAGCUGGGCAUCGACUGCGAAUAUCGUCAGCUUCCGGCUUAUCUCAUCAGCCAGUAUGACCGUCAAACUCAGUCCAGUGAACAUGACGCCGAGGUGAAGCGACUGAUCAUGGGCGAAGUCGAGCAAGCAAACCGCUUCGGUCUUUCGGCGGAGUUCAAGACAGGUUUUGCGGUCAAGGGCUGGGAUGGCAAGCCUGAUCAGCGUGACGCAAGCAUCUUCCACGAGCAGGCGACAUUCCACCCGACGAAGUACCUCACUGGAGUCCUCAAAUGGCUGAAGGAGCAACCGAGCUUCACCUGCUACACUCACUCUCGGGUCAUGGAUGUCCAGGAGAAAGGCAUUGAGGUCAUGGGCAUAGGCAAGAAGACGGUGACGGUCUCAACCGACACCGGCCACACCGUCGAAUGCAGCGACGCAAUCAUGGCGACCUGCGUGCCGUUGCAGAAGCUGAGCAUCGUUGCCGAGCUUGAGUACAUGCGCACUUACUGCAUUGCUGUCAAGGUUCCCCAGGGCUACGUUGAGGACUACUUGUUGUACGACACCGCGGAAGCCUACAAGUACGUUCGCCUCACGCGCUGCGAUGAGCAGAAUGAUUACCUGGUCGUGGGCGGCUGCGAUCACAAGGUUGGACAAGAGGAAACCCUUGGCCGCUUCCAAGAGCUCGAAGACUGGAUCCGCGAGCGCUUCACCAAAGCCGGCUCCGUUGACUACGCAUGGUCCGGCCAAGUCUUCGAGCCAGUCGACUACAUGGGCUUCAUCGGCCUCAAUCCCGGCACGAAGCACACUUACAUCAUCACUGGCGACUCCGGCAACGGUCUCACUCAUGGUGUGAUCGCAGGUCGCUUGAUCACAGACCAGAUCGAAGGCGUCAAGAAUUACUGGGGUAAGCUGUACUCCCCGUCUCGCAAAGCCAGUCUUCUCAAAUCAGCUGGCACCGCGAUGGCCCACGAUGUUCAGAUCCAGGCGCAGUACAAGCGCUUCCUGCAGUCUGAUAUCAAAGACAUCGAGGAUCUGGCGCCUGGAAGUGGUGGUGUGCUGAACUCGACUACCAAGGUUCCUGUUGCUGUGUACAAAGACGACGAAGGUGGUGUGCACAAGUUCUCCGCGCUGUGUCCGCAUAUGAAGGGUGUGAUCUGCUGGAAUGGGGUGGAAAAGAGCUGGGAUUGUCCGGUGCAUGGGAGUCGCUUCAGCAAGGAUGGAGUUUGCGUUAUGGGACCGGCGAAGGGGCACUUAAACCCAGCGGACGAGAGCGGGGAGAAGUUGCAGUCAGAGGCUGUGAAGUGA